GAUAACUUGUAUAUUUUUAUCUUAUCGUUAACCUUAUUUUGUUAAGAGAAUGGAUAUAAUUGAAAUGAAAUACAUGCAGUUAUAAACAUUGUCGUUACAAAUGAUGAGUUUAAGUUUAAAUACAACAUUUGAAUAGCGAAAAUUACGUAAGUGGGAAAGUCAUGAAUUCAACGUUGCCAGACAGGGAGACUUUGUAUGCAGAAAUACAUGACUUAAUUGACCAAGCUUCAGACGAAGUGUUCGAAGAAGUGGUUGUAACACCUACACCAAGCGACCUUGAAGGGUGUACUUUGGAAGAAAGAUUUGGAAGACUGGAUAUUUUCAAGAGACCUGUACUUUUCAUUUAUACGGAUGAUGCCAGCAACAAUCUGAAAAUUUCAGAAACUGUCAUUGAACAAAUCUCUAACAUCGAUGUUCCGCUAAAUGUUGUUGCAGUAUGUGGGCUUUACAGAACUGGAAAGUCAUACCUUAUGAAUAGAUUGGCUAACGAGAGAGAAGGGUUUGCACUCGGGAGCACAGUCCAGUCGGAGACAAAAGGAAUUUGGGCUUGGUGUAAACCUCAUCCGAAACAGAAAGACCAAGUUUUACUUUUGCUUGAUACAGAGGGUUUGGGAGAUGUUGCAAAGGGUGAUACAAACCACGACAACAAGAUGUUCAGCCUUACUCUGCUUCUGUGCAGCACACUGAUUUACAACAACACAGGUGUUUUCAACCAAGAGGCUCUUGACAAGUUGGCAUUUAUUACAGAACUUACUGAAAGCAUAAAAGUUACAAGUAGCUCCCGUCGGGAUGAAAAUGAAGAUUUGAUGGGAAUUGUUACUCCAAUGUUUAUCAUGUGUUUACGAGAUUUUUAUCUCGAGUUAAAAAGUACAAAUGGAAAGGUCAUCACUGAAGACGAGUACUUUGAAGAAUGUCUAGCUAAUUCAGCCGAUGAGAAAGGGAAAGAUAGCUACAACAAAACAAGAAGCUGUAUCAAAAGAUACUUUCCAAGGAGAAAGUGUUUCACUCUUGCGCAACCAGUUGGAAGUAAAAAGCUUGCGAGGAUUGAACAGUUAGAUGACAAUGCUUUAGACGAGGACUUUGUAAAAGAUGUAACCCGACUACAGGAAUUUGUCUAUGACUGUGAGCCUAAAUUUGUAGAUGGAAUGACACAGAAGCUUGUUGAUGGCCCCGGUAUAUUUUAUUGGUGUAUGAGCAUUUGUUUUAGACAAUAUGUUCCUUCUUAUAUUUUUCAUUAAUGCAUGUACAUGUAAUUAAAUUUAG